GGGUGCCGCCGCCGCCGUUCAUUGUGCUCGCCCGGUGCCGCCUCCCGUUGCCAGCGCCGGCCACGGCGGGGAGGGGGGGCCUGCUCCCGCCUCCCUUCCGGCCCCCCAGCACCUCCCCGGGGCGCACCCCGCCUCCCGCACUCAUCCCUGAAGGCACCGAGCUCCGCUGCACCUAUCCCGGGGCGGGAGGGAGCGGGGGGGGCUGUCCUGCCCCGGGGCUGGCUUGUCGCCCAUCCCGGGGGACAGCGCUGCGCGGGGAGGGGGGUGCUCGGCAUCCAUCCGCGGGGGAGCGGGGCUGCCUCGCCCCCAUCCCCGGGAGCUGCCCUGCACCGGGUGGGUGGCCAGCACCCAUCCCCGGGGGAGCGGGGCUGCCUCGCACCCAUCCCCGGGGGCGCCUGCACCGCCUCUCCCCGCGGCUGGGUGCGCGGGUGCGUAGGAGGGGGCUGCACCGCCCCCCCCAGCCCCCUUAGCCCCGUCGUGGGACCGCCAGCCUUCUCCCAUCGCCGGUAACCGGCUCCUGGAUCCCCGCCUCGUUUUAUGGUCGUGGAGAGGGAGGAAAAAUCCCAAACCAGCUGCGUAAAUGAGUAUGGAAGAUUAUGAUUUCCUCUUCAAAAUUGUUUUAAUUGGCAACGCCGGUGUGGGGAAGACCUGCUUAGUCCGUCGUUUCACUCAGGGGCUUUUCCCACCGGGUCAAGGAGCCACGAUUGGGGUUGACUUUAUGAUUAAAACCGUGGAGAUAAACGGUGAAAAAGUAAAGCUGCAGAUCUGGGACACGGCGGGACAGGAGCGAUUCCGGUCCAUCACGCAGAGCUACUACCGCAGCGCUAACGCCUUGAUCUUGACCUACGACAUCACCUGUGAAGAAUCCUUCCGGUGCCUCCCCGAGUGGCUGCGAGAGAUCGAGCAGUACGCCAGCAACAAGGUCAUCACCGUGCUCGUGGGUAAUAAGAUUGAUUUAGCUGAUAAGAGGGAAGUCUCCCAGCAAAGAGCUGCAGAGUUUUCCGAAGCACAGGACAUGUACUAUUUGGAAACCUCGGCAAAAGAAUCGGAUAAUGUGGAAAAACUCUUCCUGGACUUGGCCUGCCGGUUGAUCAGCGAGGCGCGACAGAACACCCUUGUGAACAAUGUCUCAUCCCCCUUACCAGGAGAGGGGAAAAGUAUCAGCUACUUGACUUGCUGUAAUUUUAAUUAAAAAGUGAUUAUUUUUUUUUUUCCACCUUCCACCAUGGGCCAAGAGGAAUUUUUUUCUUUUUUUUUUGCUGGGAUUUAACUCCUUGAAGGGAAUUCCUGCCACAUUGACCCAUCUGACUUACCAUGAGUCGGGUUGCAGACCUGGAAGCGUGGUGGGCUGAUGGCUCCAGCUGCAUGGCAACGUAGCAGAAUAGAACAAGGUUUAAAUUUCAUUUUUCUUGCAGUCUCUGGAGCGGGUUAGGAGAAGGAGAGUCGCACAAUUGCUUCACGCAACGCAGAAUGUGAGCUGCUGCGUUUCCUUCCGUGGGAGACUAGGGCAGCCUCCCUUGAAGAAGAUAUUGAAGAAAUCAACAUCUCUCUUACGGAGCAAUGUGUUGGGUCCUUUUUAAAAUAAAUACAAAAAGAAAAAACCAAGAAUGAACACUGACCCUGGGCUACACUGGCAACCUUCCGGGCUGCCAGCGGGAGAGCUCUUAGGACAUGUACAUAGCGUCUGCCCACGCGUCGUCAUGGAGGACUCUGGUGUUUGAAAUAGUGUUAUGUCUCUCAUCUACAGGCACUUUCAUGAACAUGGAAUUUAAAAAAAAAAAAGUUACAUUUAUCAACGUUUUUCAAGAGUUAAGAAGACAUGGUUACAUACAGCUCAGUUGCUCCCUUUGGUGCUAGCAGUUCGACAAAUAUUCCAUAGACCAAACGUAGUCUUACUACAUUGUCCUCUGAAUGUGUAACUUAGACUGGUUAGGAAAAAAAAACAACACACUAAUAAGCACUGUUUAUAAAAAAUAAUAAUAAUAAUAAAAAAAAUCUCGUUACCUCUUUUUCUAGUCCUGAACAUAGUGGGAAAGGACUGUGCUUCUUUGAUAUCCAAUACAGGAUGAAAAGACUUUCCAGAAAUAAAUAAAAAAUUAAAUAAAAUUAACCAUUCUUCCUCUAAUUAGUAACAUCCUAAUGUGAAAAAUUAGCCUUGGGAAAGGUUAUUGGUGGAGUUGGAAAAAGCGCAGCAGAUGUUGCACCAAAAUCUUGCGUGUCGUGGAUUGUGUAUGAGGGUUCAAAGAGAGCACAUGUAGAAGAGGCAGUCUGCAGAGUGUCCAGCUUGAAAAUAAAGCUUGUAGAUACAGUCCUUGUUGAAAGACAGGUGUACCAUUUUGUAGAGGGUUUGUUGGAUUUUUUUUGUUUGUUUUUUUUUAAUGCUGAGUGGAAUUAGGGUGGAGUUGCAAGUGGUAUCAUUCCGUGUCUGACCCAUCCAGCGCUCGCCUUGUGGAACUGCUCUCUGAGAUGCUCUUGAAGGUACCUUCUUGGCUUCCUCUCUCUGCCGGAGUAGCUUUCAGGGGUUUAGGGCUGUAGAGUCAUUUUCAUUUACUUGCUGCUUUGUACUCGUCAUCCCAGACUCCAGUGUCUGUGUAACUGUCGAGGCCAUUUCUUUCUACAGAAGCCCCCAAAGUGGAAGCUCUGUGGAGUUUGCAAGGUUACUACACCUCUAGCACUGUAUGAGAAUAAUGCAUUGCAAAUUUACAUGUUGACCUUAAAGUGAAAUUGGAAGAUAGUGAAUGAGCACAUCAAAAAUGCUUUUUUUAAUUAUUACUAUUAUUUUUUAGAAAUUUGAGUUCAGUUUUACCUAAUCUGGGUAAAUCUCUCCUGGCAAUUACGUGGCUGUGAUAUGCUGUAGUUUAAUCAAUUUAAUAUUAUUUGGCAUUUACUGAAGAUUAUAACAGAACUUUUGUAUUGACAUAAAAAGCUGCCAGUAAGUACUUCUUGUAAAGAAUAGCAAUUAAAAAAAAAAAGGCAUUUUAAAAUGGUUUAUCACAUUUUCCUGGGAAGACUUCUUUGGGCUGUAUCAUGUUGUGCCUUUGAUCUGUAAUGGGGAGCUGACUCUGUGUCAAAGAGGGGGAUCAGUGUGUCAUAUCGCCAUUUUUCAUAUUUUCUUGCUAUUUUUUAGGUCAUUUUCUUCUGUUACGACUAGUGGUAAAAGGGAUGAUGUAGAUGUUGUGGUACAAGGCUUGUUCAUCAUUUAGGUAACCCUUAGCAAAGAGCUUCUGUAAGUGUGAGAUGUUGGGGGACAUGUCACCUGCUGCACUGGCCUGUACUGCUCCUUUUCAGUCUCUGCUCGUGGUGCAAUCCAGAGGAUUUAGAAAUGUGUGGGUCUUGGUGUCUUCUGCUGUGCUGGACCGUGUGGUGCAGCCUGUGCUGAGUAUCACUCUUGAGCAUUCACCAGAUUGCAGCCUCGGUUGAGCUUGUGAAGACCAACCAACUCUGAGAGAGCUGAUUCUGCACAGUGUUUAGGUAGUUGUUUAGAGCAAGACUCAGGGUGUUAACAUGUGAGGUUACUCUCAAGUUAAAAAUCAAUACUACAUAUAUUUAAUUUGUAAAAGCUCUUGCUCUCCAGAUGCUGGACUUGUCAGCAUGUAAUUGAUAUCAAGUAGGGCAGGGCUUCUUGAGUUGAUCAAGAAGGAAGGAGACUGCCCACUGAAACACCUGUGAGUUCCUCAGCCUGAUUGCCAGAAGCAUCAAAGCUGGGCAGGUACUUUUCAUUCCUGCCAGAUACCACUAUAAAUGCAUUUUUAAAGUGCUCCUGGUGUCAUUUCAUGGAUAUUCACUUUGAGGUUUCUAGAAGGUUGUCUUUUUUUCCAAUGUUUCCCUAACCUGUAGGUGACUAUUUUGUAUACUAGCUGCAGGUGGAGGGCUGCAAUUGGGCUGAUGUUGCAGUGGAGUAUCUGAUUUCUCCGGGGACAAAUCUGAACUGAUUAAUUUCAAAUUUUAUUCUGUGUAGGCUUAAAAAGUUGAAAGGAAACAAUGGUUGUACGUGCAAUGUUUUAUAAGGUCAUAAGCCAAAGCUGUAGUUUGAAACUCGCAGUUAACAAACACAGAAGAGUCGAUAUUUUAUUGUAGCAACUCCUUCAAAUGUAUCUCUGCUCCUUGUAGCACUGAGGGCUUAUCUUCUUUUCUUCUGGUCGAGAAGCCAUCAGACUGUAGAAGAACUUUAUCAACUGCUAAUGACAACUUAGUGGUGUAGCACAAUGAUCAAAGCCUUGAAAAAUAAAAGGACAUUAAAAAACACCAUAAAUCCCAGUUAUCUGACAAUCGUCUCUCCAACUGUGGCCAACACCUUGGUAGAUGAGUGGAUUUUUGAGAACUGUCAGUAAAAGCCUUGUGAUGUCUGCUGGGUCCAGCAUCCAAAAGCUGUGCAGAAUUGAUGUAAUGGGGCCAAAUUUGCCUGGACAUGUUCUCUGCUAUCAAGAGAGCAAGGCAUUGCUUUUGGUGUGGUUGCUAGAUCUUGAUGGGUUUUCAGGGUGAUACAUUCACAGCCAUUGAGGAGUCUUGGGUCAAUAUUAAUUAUUUUUUUUUAGUAGUCCCAUAAUGGGAACUUUUCUUGAAUUUUUUUUUAACACAGUGAGUAGUUCCAAGCAGAAGCCAGUGUUGGAUGGUCAGGAAAUGUUUGCUUUAUGUAGAAAACCUGUUUGCAGAGAUUAGUAAGAGCAUCUUCUGAAAACUGAAUGGUUUAAACUCAGUUUUCCAGUUCAGCCACUGGUUCAGUCAGGCUGAUCUCCAGUAAACCACCAGAUGUCCCAUGCUUCUGAUUGCUCUGUGUGAAGUACUCGCUGGUAUUUUGCGUUGGGUACUUACACUGCACGUUUGCUGGGACAAGCCAUGGCUCCUUUUUGUUCCUAUUGGUGUUCCCCAUGAGAGACCAAGUGCUAGGAGUUAAAAAAAAAAAAAAAAAGCCUUUCAGGUCAAAAAGUUAUGAUGGAAAAAGUGAAUUUAUGAACUCUGUAAAGGAGGAGACACAGGGUGCCUCUUCCUACUUCUAAUAGUGAAGUCCUGAUUUGAUCUGCAGGUAAGCUGGUUGAGCACGCAGUCAGAUACGUGUUUGUGCUGAAUGCUAAAUGCCUUUGUGAUCAUUAUUUAAUGAAAACUACACAUGACAAAUUGUCAGGCAAGGUGCUUUGUUCUGUGCUGUAGAACAUGUGAAACAGCCCUCAAAACCUGUCAGCCUGCUGCUGCUGCUGUUUGUCUUUUUGGAAGUAGCUCUGUUGGUUGCAGUUGGCUCCCGCUAGUCUGGGUUUAGCUGUUCCUGGCUGUUGAGCUCCUUCAGCCUCAGUAAUAGCAGCAGCAGGCUGGGGCUGACACAGGAGACAGUGAUUGGGAAAGAGGGAAAGCCGAAAUUAGUGAUGCACACAUGGGACAGCAGGCUUCCCCCAGCUUCUGCUGACAAGGGAUGCAAUUAGUUACAGUCAGACCCACUGGGUUUCGCCUGCUUCAUUAUCCCUGAGGACUGCUGUUUGUUCAGCUGCUUUUCCCCUUGUCUUCUCCUUUCAGCGUGAAGAGCUGUCUGUAAAUCUGAGAUGCUGAGCUGGCCUGGUUUCUGUAGUCAGAGACUCAAUUCGGUCGUAAAACAGGUGAAAUUCUCCAGGUAAUAAAAUAGGCUGAGCAAACACACAGGAUACGCUGCCCUUUGGGGACCUGUGGUGCCAUCGUGGUCGGAUAUGGCUGGAGACACUCACAGAAACCUCUCUGGGCUGUGGGGCAGAUCAAGGGCUAUAGCCCUUAGUGCAAGGGGAGACAUGGCUCUGUGGGGCAGAAAAUGCAAAGUAAAGGGAUGUUUCCUACUCAAGAUGUCCUCAAUCCAAUUCUCUUUUUUUUCUUUUUUUUUUUUUUUUUUAAAUGCAUUUAUGAUGCAUUUGCAUUACUCUGGAUUUUAAUAAGGAAUGCUUUGAGUUUGAGUCCCUUCUGCAUUCUGUUGCUUUCAGUAUCAAAGUACCCAAUAUCUUUAUAAGUGUUGCUCCUACCAACAAAGACCUUUUUGAGCUUAUUGAGUUAGAAAAGGUGUUUCUAGGGGGACGCUCUGUGAAUUCUUGGUGAGCAACUAUGGGAACUCUCCAGAAUGUUGGUGUACAUAAGGGCUCACCAGAAAACCCAAAGGGAAUACUCUGAUCAAUUCUAGCAGUGAACACCCUGUGAAAGAUGUUACAUCAAAAUGCUUUCUUCCUCCGUUUAUCAACUUUAUUUGCUUAUCUGAAUGAAUGUGGCUCUUGACACCACCCCCUUUCCUUGCAUCAAGUCUGUCCUCUUAUUGCUGUGGGUAAUAAUUGUCACAGUUCACAAGCAGUGAAGGAUCAUCCUUUUUGAAGGACAGUCUUGUUGACUUUUCAGUGGUGCCCGGUGACAGGACAAGAGGGAAUGGCCUCAAACUUGAACAUAAGAAGUUCCACCUAAACAUGAGGAGGAACUUCUUUACUGUGAGGGUGGCAGAGCACUGGAACAGGCUGCCCAGAGAGGUAGUGGAGUCUCCUUCUCUGGAGACAUUCAAAACCCUCCUGGACAGAUUCCUGUGCAACCUGCUCUGCGUGGACUUGCUUUGGCAGGGGGUUGGACUAGAUGAUCUCCAGAGGUCCCUUCCAACCCCAUGUGAUUCUGUGACUUAGGAUGAUGGGUGGGGGGAAGACACUCACUUGAUUUCCUACAAGAGACUGGUGCACCCUGAGCAAAGCAGCCUCAACUGGAACCGGUGAAGUCUUUGAAAUGUGACCAUCUGCUGGAGCUGUAGUUGAAUGUACCAUAAAGGUUACAGGUCUCACAUUUGCCUCGAUUCAGGAUUUAUCUUGGCUAGGGAAGCAGGCAGCAGGGUGAUGGUGCUGACCAUGAUGCAAGGCUCCCAAAGUAGCCCGCUGCCUUCCUCUGAGUUACCUCCCUAAUCACCACUUCCCUAAACUGCCCCAAAGUCUCCUUUGCUGUACUGUGCUAUAUCCAGAUUGCCUCCUGUCAUCACCCGGGGAUGCCAUCGCGCCCUUUCCCCUCCUGUGAAUGAGCCAUAACUUAAACCAGAAGUAAAAACUAUGCCAUGGGAGUUAAGGGUGCUUGGAUUUUUCCAAGUGGGAGAUACAGAUCCAGAAAAAAACCCCUCAUCUCUGAUGCUUUCCCCUCCCAAUACAGUCAACUGGGUAACUGGGGAAGGAUAACCCAGAUAUGAGAUGGCUGUGAAUGUUGUCGGUGAAAAACUAGACUGGUUUUGAGCCAAGGUUAACAGCUCAGCUCAUCUGUCUGGAUAAACAGGAGCUGGCUGUUCUGUACUCGGAGACUGUCUCUGUUUUCACACUAAUAACUAGCUAUUAGCACUUCCUGGAUGUGAUCACAUUUGUUGAACCAGUUAUCCUUUUCCAGUAAGCUCAGAAGAUAAUUUUAGCUCUGGUUAGUGCUGCAAUUAAACUCAAGAAGCAGAUGCCACCUUUGCUUUUUCCACUGUUGCUUAUCUUAGGGCAACGUUCCCAACGACGUGCAGGCCUGUGAGUGCACCACGGUGGUGUCCCUGCCGAGCAUUUUCUGGAGUCCAGCCCUGGUCCAUGGGCAUCUGAUGUGGCCAAAACUUGUGUCAGUCAUGGUUUUAUCUGUGCAUGGUUCCCCAGGGGAGAGGGGACGUUAAAAGCACUCUCAUGCUUUCAUGGGCAAUGAUCAAAGACUGUGGUGUGGUUGGUGUCACAUGGAUGCAAACCUCAGAGCUUCCCAAAGCCUGAUUCCUCCAGUACCUUUCAUCUGUGAGUCUGCUCCUUCCCAAUACUGCUCAUGCCUCAGCUGCUGUGGAGGUCUCAGACUGGAAAUGGGCCUCGUUGCAUGAACCAUGAGAAUCUGACUCCUGCUUUAGCUGGAAGGAAUAGCAUCCAUGGCUCAUCUUCUGUGCCACCUCAAGUUUCUUACUACGAGCAUAAGCCUGACUAAUUGGAUAGGCCCAUUCUCAGGGAGGGCAUCCUGUAAGGAACGUUUCCCUUCUUGAUGGGACCGAUGCAAGAGAUUCAGGUGUUAAGAAUUCAGGUGGGGGUUUGGUGUGAGUGAGAAAACCUCCAGUGAGCUCCCUCCAGGGAGACUUUACAGCCCUGUGGAGAAGGAGAGUCUUUCUGAGCUGUCGCUUGGGUGGUGGUGUGAACAUCUCCGAGGGUUUGGGUUGCAUCAUUGGCAUGAGCUUUAGUAAAUCUAAUGGCAGGCGAGGCUUUAGGGAGGAGGAGGUGGAGGAGAGGGGAAGGCUGUUCUGGUGUUUUAAUGGAGUGAGAAUGAAAUGUUUGGUCUGUGGCAGGGAGAGCUGCUGGGAUUCCAGGCGUUGCCAUUGCCUCAGCUCUUGCAGACUGCAUGGAAGAAGGCCUUAGCUCUGGCCCAAAAGGGGAAAAAACUGACUUCUGAAGCCAACGUUUUGGGGGAGAAAAGGCCAUUUAAUGAGAGCAGGGAGGAAGCCCAGAGCUCGUUGCUGUGCUGGUUUGGAGUGACAAGUAUAGCUCUGGAUAUGAGGGGAAGUAGUUUAAAACGUGCCAUGGUUUUUAGCAUAAUAAGAUGCACUGCAGAUAUGUCAUAGCCAUUUGAUUUCCCACAGCUGUUUACAAAAGGGAAAAAAAAAUAAUUAAAAACCCUGAGAUUGGAGCAGCUGCAGUCACUCAGCUGUCAAUAUGGGACAAGGCUCUUUCUGCUUCUCUUUUAUUUCCACUUCACUCUGUUCUGCUGCACAUAUUUGGCUGUUCUGUGAAUUUGCAGAUCAUGAGAUUUAUUUUUUUUUUUUCAAACUGCCUUUGAUCUAUACAGAAAGACUCGCCCAGCUUUCAUUUGAAUUCAUUAAUACUUUGAGUAGGCAUUUUAAUUUUAUGUUUACUGGCUUGUUUCCCUUUGUAAUGUUAUCUAACUGACAAGUUCGUCGUGCUCUGCAUUACCUUUAGGUUUUUGAGUCUAAAAUGUUUCCUUUUUCCUGAAGGCUGUGAUCAUUUUUAGAGAUGUUAUAAAGGCGUCUUCAUUUCCUCAGGAGAAAACCUGAAUUACUCUCAGCUUUGAUUACUGGCAAAUCAAUAUUGAAGCACGUAAUUUUUUUUUACAGCGUGAACAAAGUAUGUUUUAUGCCAUCAACUGUAGUUCGAAUUGUAGUUUAAAGACCUGCUUAAGCACUAAGAGCAGCGUUUUGUUUGCAGCUUCUAUGCCAGGGAAGUCACAGCAUUCAAGGAAUUCCCUGGGUUGGAGUUUUUUUCCCCACAAAGAUCUGCUGUCUUUUCCCCAACAAUUGUGAAUUUAGCACAAUGUACAGAAUUUUAACAAGAACCCUGAUUCCUAAACAUGUGGCCAGAAGGAUGAGGAGAGGAUGUGUUUCUUGUUGAUCAAGCACAAGCAUUUGAGUGGAGACAAUGCACUACAGCCGGUGAGACCAUUGAUCUCCAGGUGCUGGGGUCGUGCUGGGGAGGGUCUAGGUGUGAGCAAAUCACCAAACUGUGAAUCACAGACUGUCAGAAGCAUUUGGCUCAUCUGUGUUUUUUUUUUUUUUAAGAAGUUCCUGUUGUCAAGCGUGGUACAGUGGGGUUGAGAAAGGAAUGUAUUUUGGAUGAUCAGGAUGAUGAAUGUAUGAUGCUUCAUGUUUAUUUGUAAUGUCCUUUUUAUACUUAGAAAUUGCUUCUGUAUGUAUCUGUAUGUAAAUAAAUGUUUAAUCCUUUCCA